CCAUUUUCUAAAUCUAAUAAAGGCUCCGUCUCCUCCUUCCGAUAAUCCGUUUUCGAUUUAGGGCACAAAUCUCUCAACACAAAGGAAAAAUCUAAAAUCUCCCCCCCGCCUUCCCCCAAUCAAAAGAAUCUGCACCAAACAUCAAUCUCCUUCGGAUUCUCUCAAAUCAUAUCUUGAUCUACCCCCCCAAGGUUUACCAAUUCGGCAGUGCUAUCCUCCUAUUCCUUCUUUGUACUAUUGUAGGCGGUUCGAGUCUUGUCACCGAAUUAUAUUUUGUUCAGCUCGUGCAAUGUCAAACCUUCAUUCAUCUCUCAAUGGUUCAGCUUCGAAUUUACAAGAUGGUUCAGGCAGAUCUUUCGCUUCUUCCUAUACUGGACAACCUGGUUCACCCUCUCCCGGUUUUCAUCAUGCUGCUGGAAGUCUUCAGGGACUUCAUAAUCUUCAUGGUAGCUAUAAUGUAGGGAACAUGCAAGGUACUCUUUCAUCAAGAAACUCAAGUAUGAAUAGUCUACCAUCUCCCGGUGUACAACAAGCUAACGGGAGUUUUUCUAGCGGAAGAUUUUCUUCGAAUAACCUACCUGUUGCUCUCGCUCAGCUGUCUCAUGGUAACUCACAUGGACAUUCGGGAAUCCCAAAUAGAGGAGGUAUUAAUGUUGGCAACCCUGGAUAUAGCAGUAACGCAAACGGAGUUGGUGGUUCUAUUCCUGGGAUUCUCUCCACAUCUGCUGGGCUCAGUGGUAGGAAUAGUGUUUCGAAUAUUGGAAUGUCGCAUCUGUUGGCGAACGCCGGUCCUCGAAUAACAAGCGCAAUGGGAAACAUGGUUGGUGGAGUUAACUUGGGGAGGACUAUUAGCUCUGGUGGAUUGUCUAUGCCUGGUCUUUCUUCACGGCUAAAUAUGGCAGCUAAUAGCGGAUCAGGAUUAAAUGUUCAAGGACAGAACCGAAUGCUGGGUGGAGGACUUCCUCAAGGAUCUCAGGUCAUGUCUAUGCUGGGGAACUCCUACCAUGCUGGUGGUGGCCAACUCUCGCAGAACCAUGUUAACAAUAUGAUGCUCAGUGAUCACUCUAACGACAGUUCUCUGUUUGACAUCAAUAACGAUUUCCCCCAGCUGACAAGUCGUCCUGGUUCUGCUAGUGGCUCUCAAGGACAACUGGGCUCUUUGAGGAAACAAGGUUUAGGAGUCCCAAUUGUCCAACAACACCAGGAGUUCAGCAUCCAAAAUGAAGACUUUCCAGCUCUCCCUGGAUAUAAAGGUGCGGGUUUAUUAUCGUCUUCAUUGGAGAUUUUUGCAGGUGGUAGUUCUGAUUAUCCGAUGGAUUUGCAUCAGAAAGAACAACUCCAUGACAAUGCUAUGUCAAUGAUGCACUCUCAAAGCUUUUCUAUACCUAGAUCUGGUGGUUUCAACUUGGGGGGAACAUAUCCAUCACAUCGUACACAGCAACAGCCACAACAUACUUCAUCUGGUGGGCUACAAGGUCUUGGCUUGAGACCUCUAAACUCUCCCAAUUCAGUUUCCGGUAACGGUUACGAUCAGCUUAUUCAGCAGUAUCAGCAGCAACAGAAUCAGCCCCAGUUCCCUGUGCAACAAAUGUCAUCCAUCAACCAAUUUAGAGAUUCUGAGAUAAAGUCGGAGGCAGAUCCUUUUUGCUUACUUGGAUUGUUAGACGUGCUAAACGGGACCAAACCUGAUUUAGCCUCCCUUGCUCUUGGGAUCGACUUAACGACGCUGGGAUUGGAUUUGAAUUCAACUGGAAAACUCUACAAGACAUUUGCUUCCCCUUGGACUAAUGAGCCUGCAAAGACAGAGGUCGAGUUCACAGUGCCAAGUUGUUACUACGCCACACCACCUCCGCCUCUUACUCGAGCAAGUUUCAAAAGGUUCUCCUUUGAGUUAUUGUUCUACACAUUUUACAGUAUGCCAAAAGAUGAAGCACAACUAUACGCAGCAGAUGAACUUUACGAAAGAGGUUGGUUUUACCAUAAGGAACAUAAAUUAUGGUUCUUCAGAGUUGGGGAACCUAUGGUCAGAACAGCUCUGUAUGAAAGAGGAACAUACGAGUGCCUAGAUCCAAACUCAUUCAAAACAGUCAGAAAGGAACAUUGUGUUGUCCAGUACGAACACAUUGAGAAGAGACCAAGCUUGCUGCAGCAUUGACUUCAAGUAGGUUUGUUCAAUUAUUAGCAUCUUUACAAUGUAAAGCCUUUUCUCUCUUUUCCUGCAUGCAAGCUCCAUUGUUUAGUAACCAAACAAUCUUCACAGUUUUCAAAAUUUAACCUCAAAUUUCUGCCAUAAAAGGUAACUAAAGUUAAUUUUUUUUUCUU